CAGGACGAAGGUCGGUCAUAUCACUCUGCCACUGGAGUAAGGAGAUCCGGCCAACAGUCCCCGGACUCGCAGCCUGGUACGAGCACCGAAGGAUUUGACAAUAUCUCCAACCGAAAUGUCGAUGGCUCAUACCACGACCACCGCCAUCAUAGGCUGAGCUCUUCUUGGGCCUCCAACUCACAAUUCCCGGAUGUACUCAGUCCUCCGUAUGCACAACGCCUCCAGUACUCACGGACCAGUCUGCCGCCAAUCCGUGAUGUUGCCAAUAGCUUUGAUCAUAAUUAUCAUUCAGAUACUGCCCCAUAUUCGCAGACCUAUGCGCCGCCUACUAUUAGUCACAAUGGUCUUGAUACGAGCUCCUAUGCCACUGAUAGACCAUCUUUCUAUGACGCUACGCAACGUUAUGGUCAUAAUUGCCCCCAGGUGAACAGGCCGCAGCCCUCUGCACAGAUGGAAUACUACAGAUUCCCCCAACCAGGAACCCCUUAUCAGCCCCCACAAUACGCUGGACUCGAGUAUUCCACUCCAAAUAUAGGAGUUCACCAUCCUUCGUCACCAACUGUUUGUGGGGACCCGGAUAGCCGAAACCGAAGGCGCCGAGGAAAUUUACCCAAGCCGGUCACGGACAUCUUGCGUGGCUGGUUUCAUGAGCACCUCGAUCAUCCAUACCCGACCGAGGAAGACAAACAAGCAUUUGCGGCUCGUACAGGAUUGACGAUUAAUCAAAUUAGUAACUGGUUCAUCAAUGCCAGAAGACGGCACUUACCAGCUUUACGACAGGCUCGCGACAGAGGCACGCAACUUAUAGCUACGGAUUACGAUUCAGACCAGCUGCGCCGG